ACAAUAGGUACAUAUUAUACAUUUUACAGUUUUAAAUUGAAAAUAAUACCUUUUAAUUAAUUUUCCUCCUUCUCCGUUAUUAGUGUUUUUCUAUGUUAUCUAAUGAGUGGUUUACUUACUUAUGAUAUAUUGAUAUGUGACUUGGUUGUUCAUUUUUUUAUUAAUAUUUUUAGUUAAUUUACACUUGAUAGUUAUUUAACACUUAAUAAUUGUACAUUUUCGAUAUGUUAACUAUCAAUAUGACGUGUUAAUACAUUUUUGUUGAUGUUAAAUUGUUUCUGGAUGCAGUUGUUUUAGAUAUUGAUAAUUUUACUAGCUAAUAUUAAGAUUAAUACCAGCGAUACAAUGUUUUGAAUGCUUAAUUUGCCCAGUAAACGGUGUAAAAUUAUGUAGCAUCGAGUACUCGAGUAGAGGAAUGAAGAUAUAAUUUGUUAAUGCCAUGGCAACCGGUCACAGUAAUAAAAACAAACAGUGUUUCAGAAGUGAGAAUUAUGUAGGAAGUGAAAACAUAGGUUAUCAUAUUUUAGUGUGGCGCUGUUGACGGAUUCAAGUGAAAGCAAAAUCCGAAAAUAAUCUUAAAACAAUUUAAGAUGAGCCAAAAGAGCUGCAAUAAUCGUCGGCCGAAUGCCGCAAAGAUGUAUGAGGCGUUGCACAAGAAGCGCGCGGCUGAGUGCGAAGCUAGAGAGCAAUGGGCCGGCGUGACACAGUACUUCAAGACGUGGGAAAACAACUCGAACAAGUUCACCAAUUGGACUUCUCCGCAGUACUACAAAAAAAGUUCCGAGUUACAAUUAGAAAUGCGAAGACGUGAGCAGCAAAAACUGGAGGAAGAACAAGAAGAAUUGCAAAAGUGGCGCAAAAAAUUACGGGACCGACAGAUCGAAGACGAGGAAUUUAAGAAAGGGCAAAUGAAAAAGAAGCCUGUACCACUGUCGAGGCCGAAUUCAGCCGGGCAAAAACCACCUAUCGAAGAAAUGGCAAUGGAAUUAAAACGCAAACACGAUGCAGUCACGGACAGGGAGAUUGAGUUGAGACUCCAUGUGCGAUCCAAAUCGUGCGAUCCUAAACAGGCCAAACAAUACGAAAUGCGAGAGCGUGAGCGGUCGUCAGAGUCUUCGUGGGAUGACCGGAUGGAGGAGAAAAAGUCAGCCAACCAAAAAAGGCGAGAACGAUCGGAACACGAGCAACGGAUGAGCGAGGAACGGUCGGCGGCUGAUCGAUUGGCCGAAGAGGAAAAACACAGGACACGACAGGCUCGGGCGACUCAGUUGAAAGACGAGCUUGUCGGUCGUGUGGCCGAAUUAAAAAACCGCUCAGACCGAUGUGAUGAGCUCAAGAGAUUGGAGUCUGCAUAUUUGGCAUUGCAAGACCAGGUAGAAGACGUAGAGCGUAAAAAUGAGCAGUUAGAACGGAAAAAGGUGCAAAGCUUGUCCAGGGCUAAGGCACUCCGUCAGUAUCUUACCACGUUAAAGCAGAGGUCCAAGGAAAUUGUUGAGUUCCUAAGAGAAGACCGUAAGCUUUUAGACGACUUGGUAUUGACUGUACGCCGCUCAAAUGCCUCGGCAUCUGUCAACCUGGGCAGCAUGGUAGACAACCUCAGAGACCUGUACGACCGGUACGAGGAUGACGAGAGCCAGCGACUAUACUUGAUGGACUUUAUGUUCGAAGAGGAAGCUCGUAACAUGUGGCGGUCACAAGAGGAACGCUGGCGAAGAGAACAUGCGUUACGCAAGAAUGGAAUGGAUGACCUGUUCGCUGCAAUAAAAACCCAGUUGGAAGAGAACAUUGAUAAAUGUUUGGAUGAACAACGUAUUUUGAUUGGUGAACGAGAAAAACUGAUAGGUGUCAUUGAAAAGGGCAAUGAUGAACUGAAACGGUUGGAAGCAGAGACAGCUGAGUUCUACGAACAACAUCCAGACUACUGUGGCAGUGAUGACGACAAUUAUGGUGUACAUUCAUCGGAUUCUACAGACCAUAGACAAUUUGAAAAGACUGCAAUGAAAGUUAUGGAUCGCGAACAAAAAUUGCUGGUGGAAAUGGCUCGAAUGAAUUUGUUGGACGAUCCCAAAUUAACCGAUCACAGAAGAAAGAAAUCAGUUUGGUAAGUUUAUCAUACUUUUGUUUUCAUGUUUAAAUUUUAUAUGACUUGUUUAGCGACUAAUAUGUCGUAACUAUGUGUAAUUUUUCUUAUUUUUGCACCGAAGAUUGAUCAGUUUUUAAAUGUUCUGUAAGAAAUAAUUUUAAGAUUUUUUAUUUAGUUGAAUUGUUCUCUAGCCUAACCUGUAGUUUAAUCACCGUCCAAUAGUUAAUGAUUAAGGAUUUUGGUAAUAACAACAGAUAUUAUUUAAAUUCUGUGCAAUAUGUUUUAUUUUUUAGAUUUUAUUGUUCAACUAACUUUUAUUAAUGUGUAAGAUUUAUUGUAAACCUUUGACAUUUUGUUAUUUGGGAUUUGAUAAGUAUGUUUUUUUAUGUAUGUAUGUUUUUUAAUUAUAGACGUAAACGUCUUUUUGUUUUAAGGGAUUUAUAUUGUGUAAUUGUUUUAUUUUAACUUUAAACGAUUAUGUAUUGUAUUUAUGUGAAAUAAACAGUUGUGUUUGGGUGCAUGAACACUUAAUUGGAAUACAGUUUAGAGAUCAAUUAUUAUGUUUUGUCAAAAGGUUUGUUUACUGAGAAUAAAAACAAAUGGUCUACGACUCA